AUGCUUCCGAGAGCACCCCCGUGUGCUAUACGAGCAUCCUCGGGUGCUGUACGAGCAUCCUCGGGUGCUGUACGAGCACCCCCGGGUGCUGUACGAGCAUCCUCGGGUGCUGUACGAGCACCCCCGGGCGCUCCCACCAGUGCUGCAUAUGGUGCCCCAAGCCGUGCUGAAUAUGAAUGGCUGGGAAAUCAAUAUUCACUGCUGGAGCACGAUCAACCUGCAGAGACCCCCGACAACACUGACGAGAGCCCAGAGAGCAUUCCCGAUUACUAUUCAGACACGCAUUACGAUUCAGAGUCGGACAUUUUCGACCAAGAUUCGGGUAACAAUUCGGACCUCGAAUCCGAAUCAUAUUUCGUGAUGGAAGAGGCAGAUGGCGAUUCAAAUGGGCAUAGUAGGGCAUCUACGACAGUUUACGAGGGUGCUGGGGAGCCACUUUACCGCUCGGAGGACUACGACGAAAUAGCACGCUAUUUCACACUGUCCAAAGCCUCACAGGGGAACAUCGACAGCUUCUUUCUACACGCUCCGCCGAGUAGUGGCGAGUGCUUCUACAGCACUGCGCGGGGUUUUAUCAAGAGGUUGGAGGAAAUGAACGAUACACUGGGAAAGGUGAGCUGGAAUCAUUCGGAGGUGGAUAUUGGGGGGGAGAAGAUCUCUUACUACUACCGGGAUCCAAUGGUAAUCGUCCGAUAUCUUCUAGGGCAACGUGCCUUCCGGGAGUCAUUGGUGUAUUCGCCCGUGGUGGAGCAUAAUGAAUUCGGCGAGCGAAUGUACGGGGAAAUGCAUACAGGAGAUUGGUGGUGGGAGAUACAGAAUACGUUAACGGAGGGGUCCACUGUCGUACCAAUUAUCUGCGCGUCGGAUGGCACACAUCUGACAAAUUUCAGCGGGGACAAGAAAGCCUGGCCAAUCUAUCUUACCAUCGGGAACAUCAAGUCGUCGGUGCGCAACAAGCCCACAGGGCAUUCAUUCAUUCUCCUAGGGCUGCUACCAGUGCCACCGAAGCUCGGAAAGAAUACAACACUCGCUAAUUCCGUUUUAAGACGUCAGAGUCAAAUGGCACUGCAUCGUGCCCUUGGGGAGAUCUUUCAAAGCAUUCGCGAGUGCUCUCAGGAGGGCGAGCUAAUCAAAUGCGCCGACGGCUACGAACAACUAUGCUUUCCGGUGCUCUCGGGCUGGAUCGCCGAUCAACCCGAGCAUUCAAACUUGCAAAACAUUAGCACUAGUGCUUGCCCGAGAUGCGAGGUGGAGUUUCACAAUCUUGGGAGCACUCAUCGAAGCUCUAUGCGCAAUCACGAGGACUACAGGGAGAGGGUACAGCUAUUUGGCGAGAACCCGGGCAAUCUAGAACCGGUAGAAUACCUUGUUGGGAGAUCCGUCAAAACACUCUUCAAUGCUUUCUGGGGUAUGCCGAGGGGUUUCUUGAAGAAGCAUCAUCGAUUGGAGGAAUUCGACAAAGCUUGGGCUUCGAUUGCGCCUUACCCUGGACUAGCAGUACCAAACAAGGCAUAUCGUUCUACCACCCAAUGGCAAGGGAAAGAGAUGCGGAAUCUGGGGCGGGUCGUUCUAGGAGCACUCGCGGCUGCUCUGAGAAACCCGGGAGUGGCUGUCAGGAGCGACUUCGCAAAAGCUUUGAAAUGCGUUCGAAGCCUAAUAGACUUCCACUUAAUGGCGCAAUAUGGGAGUGAUACAACGAGCACACUGGACUAUAUGGAGAGCUAUCUCGAGGAUUUCCAUAAACACAAGGAUAUCUUUUUAGAAUUCAGGGCGUACAAGAAGACGUUGAAGGAUGCGAGAGAUCGAACGAAAGCAAUUAGUGGCUCCCAGAGCACCCAGCGAGGCUUGGAGGAGAUCUGGGAGAUUCGGGAAAGAUCGCACUUCAACUUCAUCAAAUUGCACGUCUUAAUGCACUACCGGGAGCAUGUUGAGUGCUUUGGUAGCAUUCCUCAAUACUCCACGGAUGUCAGCGAGCUUGCCCAUGUACGGCAGGUAAAAGAAGCUUACAGAGCGUCCAACAAGGUUGAUGCUGCGACGCAGAUACUGGACUAUGGAGGGAGGCGAUUGGCCCAUCGGGAUAACCUCAAGGAGUUGCUCGACAUUUUCAAGAUCGAGGACCGCAAGAAAACGCCAAAUGAACGCUCAAUAGUAGAAAGCGGACUGCCCCUGAAGCGUCUUUGCAACCCCUCCGCGAAAUCGGAAAGACUUUUCAACGUGGCAGACGGACUGCAAAUGAGCUAUCUCACGCUAUAUCGCCUGAUAAAGGAGUAUGCCGAGGAUGCGGGAUGCUCUCAGAGCUUUGCCGGAAGCUCUGAGAGCAUGUUGGAGUGCCGGGUGGAGGUUUUCACAUGCUUGCAGGUUCCGAUACCAAUCUUCCAAAGGCCUGACGUAUACGAGGUUCACAACAUCAGGUGUACGGGAACAGCAUCUUUUAGGAAGGGGAAAAUAAGAAAGGAUUGGGCAUGGGUAUCGGUAGGUUCCUCAGAGCAGUGGGGAGUGUUUCGGGGACGCUUACCAGGACGUGUGGAGGCUCUGUUCAAGGUGCGGGAUAGCACAGGGCGCGCACAUAGACUAUGUGUAGUUGAGCUGCUUGAGGCGAAGGAUCGUGGUAUCGCUGAUAGCUCACAUGGGCUGCUGAAGGUCUGUAGGAGGAGGAGGAAGAGGAUGUGGGUCGUGAAUAUUCGGAGUAUAUUAGGAAUGGCCCAUUUGUUCGAGGUGGAUGCUGGCAAUUGGCUGGUAAAUACUAGGAUAGAUUUGCGUACGUGGAAUGAAUUCAGUUGA